CGGCGGCAGACAGUUGAUUCGAGAAGCUCUACGAAUUUGGACGGUCGCCAAAACAUAGACACAUUGUAACGCUGAAUUGGUGGAAAUUAAGGCAAAAUUGAAUUUUUCUGUAUAAAUACAAGAAAUCAACAAUUUUAGAAUUACAAAAGAAAAGCGAAAAUGUCACUAAAUAUUGCCGAGUUAGAUAAAAGUUCUCCAGCGGCAACCAAAAAGCUGCUAAAGAACGCAGAAUGCCAACAAAUUCUGGCCAAAGCCUGUGUAACGGCGUCUAAGUUGCAGCUAAAAGACUUUCUACUGACGCCGGCCGAGAAUGCAAGUGGCUAUCUUGGCGAAUAUUAUCAUCUGUUGGUGCAGUACAGCGUCGUUGAGCCAGAUGAAAAGAAAAAUCUAGCUGAUGGGCGCGAAAUGCGCGAACUGCGUGCUUUCGUCAAACGUGUGCCCCAGACUAGCGCAGAGCCUGAGAAGGAGGCGAUAUUUCGAAAAGAGGCAGCGUUGUAUGUAACACUUUUGAAGCAAUUACGGAAAUACUCCACUGUUUCAUGGUCACCUCGCUGCUACUAUGCACGCGACGAUCUCAUUGUUCUCGAAGAUUUGGAACAAUUGGGUUAUGCCCUGUAUCCCAAAGCCGAAGCUUGUAUUCGUGACGACUAUUUGCAAAACGUGCUACGAGCUUUAGCUGCUCAGCACGCAUCCAGUUUAGCGCUCGAACACAUAGAAGGCGUUUGUAUUGGCGACAUCUAUCCACAAUUAGAAGAAGAGAUCACUGUGUCACAUCGAGUGCCGUGGUACACCACGGGGUUACGUGUCAUUCGCACUUUGGUUACAUUACAGUUGGAAGCACUACCAACAUUUGUACGGGAAUCUAUUGAAGCGCGCUUUUUGGUCGCCAUUGAAAGCGUGUAUGGUAUGACCAAUAUUUCUGCUAAAUACCGCAAUGUGCUUUGCCAUCGCGAUAUUUGGCGCGGUAAUAUCUUCUUUAACGACAACACUUUGGCCACUUCGUAUGCGAACGAGUGUUCGGUAAUAUUCGUGGAUUAUCAAACUGCGCGCUACUGUCCGCCUGCUAUCGAUUUGAUAUACAUAUUGUUUAUGAACCUAGAUAAGGUUACAAGAAAAGCCAAAGAAAUGGAAUAUUUGCGCUUUUAUUACGAUAUUCUACAAAGAGAUUGCGUCGCCAAUGGGUUUGCGCAGACAGCUGUGCCGCUCUCUUUUUCAGAUUUAUUGGCAUCUUAUUGGGAAUUUCAGUUUUUCGGUUUGCUUUACAGAGCGAUUGCCAGUACGAUUCUGAAUGUUCCACGAGAGAUUGUGACCAAUUUUUACGUUCAUGUGGAACGCACUGAUGCAGUUUUAAAACUGAUGAAUGAAUUUCCCGACUUUGGAAAGUAUAUGGCGGAACAGAUUUGUGACAUUUUGCAGUUUCUGAGCGAAGAAAGUUAUGAGAGCACUAAUCGCAUUUGAUCUAUUAGCAUUUAAUAAUAAGAUAUGUUCAGCACAUAUAUGUAGCUAUUUGAGUAACUACGAUGCAGAUCAAUUACCUACCAAAUACCAAGCAGUAGUCUUGUUAUACCUUGAAGAGGGUUUACUAUGUUUGCCUCAAUGUUUGUUAUACUCAAAAGGAAACGUCGGAAAACCUAAAAACUAUAUGUGUAUAUAAAUUAUCAGUGUGACGAGCUAAGUCGAUUAAGCCAUGUCCGUCUGUCUGUAGUUUCUGUCCCUCAGCUUUUGGGAUAUCGACCUGAAAUGUGUACGCUUUCUCCGAUAUCGGACUACUAUAGCAUAUAGCUGCCGUACAAACUACUUGUUCAAAUCCAAUCCUUUUAUGGUAAACUUUAUUUAGCAGAUAUUAUUGUCCAGGGCCACGGUACGAUCAUUUGUGCUAUAAAAAAUGCAUCUGUGAAGGGUAUUAUAGCUUUGGUUAGCCGAAAUUACCGUCUUUUCUUGUUUUUGAAGUUCAUUCUUGUCGGAUUAUAUAAUUAGGUCGACAUCUGGUUCCAAGUAUGUAAUCAAUAUCUGAAACUGCAUAUAGACUUUGAUUUUAAAUACGGACGAGAGACUGAGAAAUGUUAUUGUGCUUACUCCAAUUAAUUUAUUCUACAGGAAUAGAAUGUUUCAAAAACAAGUUUGAAUUUUUAAGUAAAACAAAUUUUAUUUAGACUGAGAAGGCUAUGAACAGAUAUUUUACAAAGUAUAUACAUAUAUAAUAAUUUAUCAAUGAAUAUGUGUUUUAGCAGAGCGAAAAAUGCUAACUCUUUGUAAUUUUAUCUAGGACCAUAAUGUCGGAAUUUGUCUAGCUGAUGUUAGCAAAAUAUAAAUAUUGAUCAAGAUAAUGACAUAUGGCAUCCAUAAAUGUGUUUGUUGUCAACUAUUGAUAAGAGCAAAGCAGCAACUUGUUUCAUGCAAUAAAAAGCCAUAAGUAACUAA